CAGCUUCAUCAUGGCUGGGCACCUGCUGUUUGUGAUCCUCAUCUAUUCUUUGAAUGAGAUCAAAGCACAAGCCCUUCUUCCACCUAAACUGACACUGAGUAAAACAGAGAUCAGGGAGACAGACUCAGUCACAAUGAACUGUGAGGCUCCAUCCUCUGUUUCUGUAACUCAGUGUUAUUUCUACACUUUGAGUGGAGGAACAGUCAGAAAUUUGCCGUGUAUAAAGAGACUGACAGGAGCUGAACUGCUAGAUUGGGCGAAGCUCAGAUCACCUGCUGAAGUUAAAGUGCGCUGUUAUUAUUCUGCACAGCCUGGAUGGUUAAAGUCUCCAGAUGGUAGCAUAUCUUCCAUCAACAUACAAACUUCUCUUCCACCCAAACUCAUUGUUAAUCCUAUGGUGAUCACAGACACUGACACAGUCACAUUGAAGUGUGAGACUCCACCAUCUGUUUCUAUCGCUCAGUGUCAUUUUUACACUUCGAGUGGAACAAUCAAAAAUUUUUCAUGUAUGAAGAGACUGACAGGAACUGAACUACUGGACUGGGCAAUGCUCAGAUCACCUGCUGAAGUUAAAAUAGGCUGUCAAUACAUAAUAAAGCCUAGAAAGACAAUGUCUCCAUCCAGUAACAUGUCCUGCGUUAAAGUGCAAAAUACAUAUGGAAAGGAUGGAAGCACCACAGAUUUAACAACCUUGAUUCCCAGCGAAACACCAUCUGCUAAUAGAGUUGAUACAGGUCUGAUGAAUUCAGCAUCAGCUGAUAAAAUAACAGCUGUUUUUAACACUAAAAGUACAUCCCUACCUGUAACAACUCUGAGAACAGCACCAGAGACACUGAAACUGCUUGUUGUUUUGGCUGGUUGUGGAGUAGCUGUGGGUGUUUCCUUACUGGGAUUUGCACUUAUGAGGAAUCUACGGAAAACUGGUGGUAAAGAUUCUUUUCAUGAAAUCGAAGCUCAAGCCAGGGUUCCACCUGAACUGACUGUGAAUCCACCUGUGAUCACAGUGGCAGACUCAGUCACACUGAACUGUACCACAUCUGCUGCUGUGCCUCAGUGUGAUUUCUACAUUGCAAGCCAAAAACUGUCCAAAGGUUCCUCCUGUGUGCAGACACUGACAGGGAGUGAGCUGCUGAAGAUCACACAUAAGAGUGUACCUGCUGAGGUUGAAGUGAGAUGUUCUUACACUGUACAGGUUUAUAGUGAUAAACAUACAUCUCCUGACAGCCAGCCAUCCACAAUCACCAUAAACAAUCUUCAUCCACCUAAAUUGACAGUGAGCCUGCUGAUGAUCACAGUACCAGACUCAGUCACACUGAACUGUACCACAUCUGCUGCUGUGUCUCAGUGUGAUUUCUACAUUGCAAGCCAAAAACUGUCCAAAGGUUCCUCCUGUGUGCAGACACUGACAGGGAGUGAGCUGCUGAAGAUCACACAUAAGAGUGUACCUGCUGAGGUUGAAGUGAGAUGUUCUUACACUGUACAGGUUCAUACUGUUAAUCAUACAUCUCCUGAUAGCCAUCCAUCCAAUAUCACCAUAAACAAUCUUCGUCCACCUGAACUGACCGUGAAUCCACCUCUGAUCACAGAGACAGACUCAGUCACACUGAGCUGUCAGACACAUGCUGCUGUGCCUCAGUGUGAUUUCUACAUUGCAUGCCAAAAACUGUCCAAAGGUUCCUCCUGUGUGCAGACACUGACAGGCAGUGAGCUGCUGAAGAUUGCACAGACGAGUUUACCUGCUGAGGUUGAAGUGAGAUGUUCUUACACUGUACAGGUUUAUAGUGAUAAACAUACAUCUCCUGACAGCCAGCCAUCCAUCAUCACCAUAAACAAUCUUCGUCCACCUAAACUGACAGUGAGCCCACUGAUGAUCACAGAGACAGACUCAGUCACACUGAACUGUCAGACUCCAUCAUCUGUUUCUGUGACUCAGUGUUAUUUGCUCUUUUCAGGAGAUAAAACUGUCAAAAUAUCUCCUUUUCUGUGGACUCUGACAGGGUCUGAAAUUUUGUCAAUGACACGUCAACGUUCGCCUGUUACAGUUGAAAUGACCUGUUAUUACGUUUCUAAAUAUAAAUCUCCAGUGAGUAACAUGUCAGCAAUCAUCAUACAAACUCCUCGGCCUGAACUGACAGUGAAUCCACGGAUGAUCAUAGAGCCAUACUCAGUCACAGUGAACUGUCAGACUCCAUCAUCUGUUUCUGUGACUCAGUGUUUUUUGUACUUUAUGAGAAGACAAAAAUCUGCGUCCAUCUCCUGUCAGCAGACACUGACAGGAACUGAGCUCCUCUUUAUGGCACAGCAGAGUUCACCUGCUGAGGUGAAAGUGACAUGUUUUUACAUGUCACCAUAUAAAGGAGGACAAUACCAGUCUCCUCACAGCAACAUAUCCUCCAUCAGCAUACAAACUCCUCAGCCCGAACUGACAGUGAAUCCACAGAUGAUCAUAGAGCCAUACUCAGUCACAGUGAACUGUCAGACUCCAUCAUCUGUUUCUGUGACUCAGUGUUUUUUGUACUUUAUGAGAAGAAAAAAUACUGCGUCCAUCUUCUGUCAGCAGACACUGACAGGAACUGAGCUCCUCUUUAUGGCACAGCAGAGUUCACCUGCUGAGGUUGAAGUCACAUGUUUUUACAUGUCACAGCAUAAAGGAGAACAAUAUCAGUCUCCUCACAGCAACAUAUCCUUCAUUACUAUACAAAAUCCUCGACCUGAACUGACAGUGAAUCCAUGGACAAUCACAGAGACAGACUCAGUCACAGUGAACUGUCAGACUCCAUCAUCUGUUUCUGUGACUCAGUGUUUUUUGUACUUUAUGAGAAGAAGAAAUUCUACGUCCAUCUCCUGUCAGCAGACACUCACAGGAACUGAGCUCCUCUUUAUGGCACAGCAGAGUUCUGCUGAGGUGGAAGUGACAUGUUUUUACAUGUCACAGCAUAAAGGAGGACAAUACCAGUCUCCUCACAGUAACAUAUCUUUCAUUAACAUACAAACUGAAAACAACACUUUGACCUCUGCUCCUCCUCCUUACAUGAACUUCACAAGUGACACAAUCACAAGAAACCCAACUAUUGUACCUUUUGCUCGUAAAAUUCUACCUAUAGUUGCAACUGGUUUUGGUGUAACUGUGGGCAUCAUCUCACUGACAGUGGCUCUUGUUUUUGCGAAAAGAAGAAGUGGUGACUUUUCAAACACAAAAAAAACUGACCAAGAAGGAUCGUUACCUCGAAAUGAUAAUGAAGCCUUCAAUAUGAUCAGUUUAGUUCCUGGUGAGGACCCACCAAAAGGUGAGCUGCUGAUUUUUGUGCUCCCAGGUUUCCUUUUGCUUUAUUUUGGUAUGAGGAAAUAA